AUGGAAUCUACUAGCAAAACGAAAGCUGCAGCGCGAGCAGAAUACAAAGAAAAAAUCAAAAAUUUGAGCGAUAAUCUUGCCGACCAAGAAGUGAUUAUUGAUGAUUUGCAAGCAACAUUGGCUGAAAAGAGGGCAACAGUUCCAGAAAAAGUAUUACAACGAUCAGUUGAAGAAAAAAUGGUGCUUCUCGAACAUUAUAUGGAGCAUUCGAUUCCGCUCAAAGAGACUCUUAGUACUCCUGAUGGAGCGAGAUUAAAAGCCGAAAUCACGUCUCACGGUGAAGCCGAAAUGGCAAACUUGAAGGACUUCACCGAACUUGUUGAAUUAACUUCCAACCAGCAGCAACGAUUAGAAGAUAUUAAAGAAAUGAUCCAAGCAACUCUGGGCAAACUUGAGAUUAUGUAUGAUUUGUAUUUUUGA